UGCCAGUUCCAACAUUCCCGAAACCCUAUCAAAAUUCAAAAAAUAAUGACUCCGAAUAAUCCCCAUUCCCAUCCACCCCCCGAUCCCCGCCGUCCCCUAUCAUUCCCAGCGGUCCACCCCUCCGACACCAUCUCUCCUGCCACACUCCUCUCCUCCCUUCUCACCCUCUCCCAAUCCAUCCUCAACACCACCACCUUCUUCACACAACGCCGCAACGCCCGUGAGGCCACGCGCCAAGUCUCCCUCCUCCUCAUCUUCCUCCAAGACCUCCACGCUUCCCUCCUCCCAAACGACGCCGUUCCCUCCCUCUCCGACCUCCACUUCUCCUUCCAGAAUCUUCACUUCCUCUUACAAGAUUGCUCCCGCGAAGGUGCCCGCCUCUUCAUGCUCCUCAAGUCCCGCCGCGUGGCAUCCCAAUUACGGUCACUCUUUCGCACUAUCGCUGCCACCCUCGACGCGCUGCCCCUCCACGUCAUCAAAGUUUGUUGGGAAGUUAGAGAGUUAGUUGAGUUAGUUAGGAAGCAAGCCAGGAAAGUCACCUUCGAACUCGAUCCUGAAGACCAAACCGAAGCCCAGCGAGUUAACUCGGUUUUGCAGCAGUUCGAGAGAGGAAUCGAGCCUGAUUUAAACGCCAUGAAGCGAACCCUCACCUACCUCGAAAUCAAGACAUGGAUCGAUUGUAACAGAGAGGUGAAGUUUCUAGAAGACGUGAUGCUCUCUUCCGCAUCCUCUGUUUCCGACGAAGAAGAGGUUUCCUUGUUGAGCGGUUUGAUUUCGUUCUUGUGUUACUGCAGAGGAGUGAUAUUCGAAGACGUUGAUUUCCCGUCUCUUCAUGAAAAUUCCCAAUCCGAGGGAAGGAGCAGCGGUGGAAGUGAAGAGUUGAGCUGCGAGAAGCGGCCGCCGGAGGAUUUCCGGUGUCCGAUCUCACUGGAGUUGAUGAUUGAUCCGGUGACUACUUCCACCGGCCAGACUUACGACCGCAUCUCGAUUCAGAAAUGGCUUAAAGCUGGAAACAGAGUGUGUCCCAAAACAGGGGAGAGGCUCACCAACACAGAGUUGGUUCCAAACACGACACUGAAAAGGCUCAUCCAACAAUUCUGCAUUGAUAAUGGCAUCUCGGUAGCCAAGCCAAGCAACCGGAGUCACCAGCGCAGUGGAGUAUCAGCCGAGGCUGGUAGUCCAGCAGCGGCACACGCCGUACAGUUCCUCUGCUGGUUUCUUGCCCGGAAACUCGCCUUUGGAACAGAGGAGCAACAGAACAAGGCUGCUUAUGAGGUUCGCCUGCUCGCGAGGUCUAACGUUUUCAACCGGACGUGUUUGGUUGAGGUUGGGACCGUGCCGCCUUUGAUUGAUCUUCUUAGCACCGGUGACAGAACAGUGCAAGAGAAUGCAAUUGCUGCACUGUUGAAGCUCUCGAAGCAUAGCAGUGGCCAGCAAUGUAUAAUGGAGAGCAGGGGUUUGGCGCCAAUUCUCAAAGUGCUAAAUAGAGGGCUUAGUUUGGAAGCUCGCCAAAUGGCAGCUGCUACCAUAUUCUAUCUUUGUUCCGUGAAAGAAUUUAGAAAAAUCAUUGGAGAUAAUCCGGAGGGGAUUCCCGGUUUGGUGGAGAUGAUCAAAGAAGAAAGAAAAACAAUCCAUUCUUGUUUAGCUGGCAAGGAUAGGCUACAUAGAUCAGACGAUGCUAUAAUGUGUGGGAAGAAGAAUGCUGUGGUUGCGAUUUUUGGGCUGCUCUUACAUCCCCAGAAUCACUCAAAAGUGCUGGCAGCCGGAGCGGUUCCUGCAAUUGUUAGUGUGUUAUCUUCUUCCUUGGACAAAGCUGGUCUCGUCACGGAUUGCCUAGCAGUUCUAGCUGCAUUGGCCGAGACAGCCGAGGGAGCGAGGGCCGUGUUAGAAGCUGACGCAUUGCACUUGAUCAUUUGGAUCUUGAAGUCCGAAACCUCGCGUGUGGCAAAGGAGCACUGCGUGUCGAUUUUGAUGUCUCUUUGUGUCCAUGGUGGUUCAGGGGUUGUAGCUUUUCUUGUUGCGGAAUCUUCAAUCAUGCCUUUGCUAUAUUGGAUCAUCACUGAUGGUACCCCUCAUGCUGCAAAGAAAGCACGCUCCCUCAUCAGAGUUCUACAGGAAUUCAAUGAACAAAGAACUUCUGGAUUGGUUGGGUCCUCAUCAGUUUUGCGACAACCAUUGAUUCACAUGAGUUAGUUAGAAAGCUUCUUCCUACUUAUACUUUGUAAAUUCUAAACGGUAUAGAUCUGUGAAAGUAGCUCCGUGUUUUUGAAGAGCUAGUUUCAAUUAAGUACAUAGCAUUAUACUCUACUUUUCUGCUGCUUUUCCAUACACACAGACUCAUGUUAGAUAUAAUGAUUCUAUGUUUCAAAGUGUCAAAUUUGUAGCCCAUAUUAUAUUAUACGAAAUAAGGUCUAAGGUUGAAGACUUAAAGCA